AUGAUACCUAACUCAUUGUCUAAUACUUCCGCGCUUGGAAUGGUAAACUUCGGUUUAAAUUACUUCAUUGGGCCAAUGCCAGAAGAUCUUGGAGAACUUUUGGAUCUUCAAAGGAUGAACUUUCAAGGUAAUCAUCCAAUCUGUCCAUAUAUUGAGCUUUGGCGUCAUGGUUAUAAGGUGGAAUCAACUAAUGGAAGUAUUCCUUCGGGUAUUGAGAACCUCCUCAAUCUUUCUGUCAUACCUAUGACAAGUAAUUAUCUCUCAGGCCCUAUUCCCGACACCAUUGGCAGACUUCGUAAGUUGCACUAUCUUGAAUUAGAUAUGAACAAAUUCACCGAACUGCCUUCUUCAAUCGGAAAUUCAACUGAACUAAACCAUCUACUCUUGGGAAUAAAUAAUAUCCGUGGAAGCAUACCUUCAAGUUUGGGCAACUGUCAAAACUUGAUAGAAUUAGAUCUUUCUCAUAAUAAUCUAUAUGGUUCAAUACCUCUUGAAAUUCUGAAUCUUUCAUCCAUUUCAAUUUCCUUCAAUUUGGGCUAUAAUUCAUUGACUGAUUCUCUUCCAUCGGAAGUUGGGUCUAUGAAAAAUCCCAGAGAGUUUGAUGUGUCCAAUAAUAGGUUAUGA